GCGAAGCUUCCCUUCUAGGUUCUAUCCAAAAUUUAUAAUCGAUAAGUGUUGCUCCCAUACCAAGGUCACCGGCACUCAGCUAACCACUAUCUCAUACUGCGCUCUUUCGCUUAUUGUCCUCGCUAUCCCGUAUCUGGCGACAAGGACAAAAUAAACGCAGAGAGUAACUGUUAAUCAUGCCGAAGAAUAAAGGAAAGGGUGGAAAGAACCGCAGACGUGGAAAGAACGAAAACGACGACGACAAGCGUGAAUUGGUCUUCCGUGAAGAUGGACAAGAAUACGCACAAGUAACGAAGAUGCUUGGUAAUGGUCGUCUCGAGGCGAUGUGCUUCGAUGGCGAGAAGAGGCUAGCCCACAUUCGUGGUAAGAUGCGAAAGAAGGUGUGGAUUAACCAGGGAGACAUUGUGCUCCUUUCUCUGCGGGACUUCCAGGAUGACAAGGCAGAUGUUAUUGUUAAGUAUACGGCUGAUGAGGCGAGAAAUUUAAAGGCCUACGGCGAGCUGCCAGAGAAUGCAAAAAUCAACGAGACAGACACAUUCCCCGAAGAAGAUGGAGAAUGUACUUUCGAAUUCGGUGACGAAGGGGAAGUUGAUAUCGACGAUAUUUAAUCCCGUCUCUGUAUCAACCAUGUAUCCUCCUUGUUUUGUAUUCUGUAUUGGCCAUCUCAACGCAUCUUGUACAUUGUACUCUUGCGGACACCAGCCAUGAAUUGAUUAGACAUGAUUUCAGUAGUGUACGUACUAGCAGCGUUAUCAAACUGGAUGUAGUCACUUCAUAGUUCAACCUCAUAACUUGUAUUGAUUCUCCUGAUUGAAGACAGUGCUGUAUCCCUAACAUGACGUG